GCCGCCGAGGUAGGACGCGCGUCCCGUUUUCAAGUUGUGUGACGAAAAUAGUAACGUCUAUCUGACAGUUAUCUAUAUUUGUAUUGGAAGUGAAAGUGACUUGCACAUUGUUUAGUGUUCCUUUAAAUGAAGUGAUUUUGAAGCGUUGACAAAAGUUUUAUUUUUCAAAAAAAAUAUGUUAUGUUCCAUGAGGAUUUUUUGAACGAAACGUAGUGUGGAUUUUGUCUUGAAGUGUUUAUCGGAUAAUCCGGAUUUGGAGUGACAGUGUGUGUGUGACAAAAUGUUUUAGUGACGUGUUGUACUGAAUAGUGUUCAGUGUUGUGUACAAAUAUGUUGUCAAGAUGAAGCUGUGGAAGAGUCUCAAGAUCUCUAUAGGAAGUCGCAGUGACCCCAAGAAUUACUCCCAAGACUUGCCACAAUGGGGUGGCCAAGGAUAUGAGUUGGAUGUGUUCAAAUCCCAGACUUCGUUGUCCACUGACUCUGGAUUGUGCACGGAGCGAGGACUGCGCCGCACGCACAUCGAGCUAAUUAAACCUCCAGGGAAACGCAUCGGACUUAAACUGGCAGGACGUUCGGAACCUGGGAUCGUACCUUCAAUAGUGGGUUUCACAAAAGACUCAGUGGCCCAUGAAUCAGAUCGUCUGGCUCCAGGAGACAGGAUCUGCAGCGUCAACGGCAUAUCAACUGCGAGAUUGACCAAUGAUGAGGUGCUGCGACUCCUCGACAAUGUGGAAGAAAGAGCGUCUUUGGAAGUUGAAUACUACAUGCCUAAUUAUGCAUCCCAAAACUCCCUAUACAUCACAACAAAGCUAGCAGAGGUUCCUGUAGAGAAGAUUAAUGGAUCCCUUGGUAUCACCAUCCGUGGUGGUCUACCGGAGAACUCCGCUCCAAGUGCAGACCUGGUGCUGAACAGCAGGUCCUUAGAUGCUCAACCGUUGGUGGUGACCCAUGUGAGGCCUGGAGGUGCGGCAUACAAUACUUCUAGGAUAAAACCUGGAGACAGGCUGUUGAAGGUUGAUCAUGUAUCUUUAACAAACAAAACGCUGUCAGAAGUCCACAACAUCUUGCAGAACUGUCCACAAGUGACCAGCCUCACGAUAGAAUAUGACGUGUCCAUCAUGGAAUCAGUAAAGUUGGCGACUGGACCACUCCUCAUAGAGAUUGAGAGGCCGUGUAAUGAGGACCUGGGGCUGUUCCUGACUAAUCAGAGAUGUUCUUCUGAUGAUGUGUACAGUUCUGGUUCGGACACGUACCAGCGCGUUGGAACCUGCAAUGCGAUCUAUAUAGACAGCAUAUUGCCUGCUAGUAUUAGUGACAGAUGCGGCGCUCUCCACCCAGGAGAUCAGAUCCUGGCAUUCGAUGACCACGUGAUUGAUGGGAACAACUACACAGCUGAGGAAGUGAUGUGCUACCUUGAGAACUGUGAGGGAGGCUUCACAAGGCUCCACGUUGCUCCACGACAUGUGGUCGGACAUUGUGGAAGGUUUACUAGAGAAAAUUCAAUAUCUGGUACAUCAACGUUGAACGCCAAGAAGCAUCGUCAGAGGAACUACAGACAGAGUUCGAUGCCCAAACUAGGUUUACAAGAUGAUUAUGAUAGUCAACAAAAUUACAUGAGUAUGGGAGUAUGCAGAACAGAAUCUCUGAACAUACAACUGGAAGUUCCACCUGGUCAGAGCUCCGGUUUAGCAGUUCAUGAGGAGAAUGCUAUGCUUAUCAUAUCACACGUUGCCUCUCAAUCUCCGGCUUACAGAUCUGGUUGUCUCCAACUGCGAGACAGAGUGAUGUCUAUAAACGGUCACGAGAACUUAACAAUGGAUGUUGCCAACGAGAUCCUGCAGCGAAGGAAUGAUUCCCAUAACCCUAAAUAUUUGACCUUGAACGUGGAAUUCAGUAUGCCGAAUACUAUCGAAGCAUCUAGUGGAGUGUUCAAUGUGAAGCUGGCUAAAACCACUGCAGGGCUGGGAGUGACUAUUACAGAUACAACGCUAAGCAACAUGGCUGGCCAGCCAGGCUGCGUUAGCCAAACAGACGUGCAUAAGGCAUGUCAUGGAUGCAAGCAAAAGUUGCUAAGUAAUGAGGAGCCUAUGGUGAUAUCGGAUAUCAAACCUGGAUCUGUUGCCCAUCGCAGUGGAGCUCUUGCGCCUGGAGACCAACUUCUUGCAAUUAAUGGACAACCUCUACAUAAUCUUUCAUUGGACACGGCCUUCAACAUUCUCCAAAACUCACCAGAAGACAUAAUAACCCUAAAAAUACGUAAACGGGACCUCACAGAAGAUUGGUCUAAUAUCCACAAACACAAUGCUAAGUUGACUCUUCAAAGCUUUAGCAAUAUAGAAAUAAAGGCAGUUGUACACAGCGGGGAAGAUUCUGGUCAUCAUACAGACAGUCCUAAUAAUAGCGCUAAAGAUAGUGAAAGAAGUCAUGGAAGUAAUGAUAAUGGGAAUACAGCAGUGUUUACAGUGGAGCUGAUCAAACAAGAGAAUGGUCCAUUAGGUUUGACUAUAGCAGGUAGCGAAGAUGUUACACAACCUAUCCUAUUGAGUGGACUUGUUGAAGGUGGUGUAGCUGAAAAAUGUGGUAAACUAGCAAUAGGAGAUGAACUGCUCACAAUAAACGGUGAAAGUGUUCUGAACAAACCAUUAUCCGAAGCCAUUAAACUGUUGCAACAAAGUGGUCAGAGAGUGCAGCUACAACUGUGUAGAAAAGUAACUGGGUCGCUUGAAAGUGCAGAAUCCAGUGCGCGGGACUCCAGUCAUUCCACGUCGAGCCCCGGAUUAUCAAAUGACAGCGCUGUUGAAUCGUGGGAUCAAAAUACGCCAGUCAGGACCAGCGCUAACUGUGUUUAUGUUAUAGGUAAUUCAGAAGUAAUAGAGUACGCAGUGCCGGAUAAGACAAGGAUGAUGGAUAAACAACCGUACUCGCCCACUGAUGAAGACAAACUCAUGGCUUCCAACUUCAAUUCUGCAGCACCAUACAGCAUCAACGACUUACCACUGCCAAACUAUUCACUAAACAAUUCCUUGAAGACGUUCCAUUAUGAAAACACAUGUAUCAUUCCUGAAAAUGCUCUGAAGAAUAAACAGAAUAUCACUAGAGAGGACGAUGUCCAACAAAUUGAAAUUCUCACAUCAAACAUGAAAGAUUGUCAAUUGCACAAUAUGGAAAGGUCCUCCUGUAAAUGCGAUUACGUACAAAUGGGCCCGUAUGGGAUCGUUUCACCGAAAACAAGGAGGCCGAACUGGGACAGCGAUUAUUUAAAUAACGGAAUAUAUACGGUGACAACGCCACAGAAAUCACCCUUAAAGCCUGGCGUGCCUGGUACAAGUUUCCAAUUUUCGACGAGUCCAAUAUAUGAAAAUGAAGUUCCAGGUCUAUACAGCACAGAAGCAGUGUCUCCAGCCCGAGGGUCUAUCCAUCACGUCAUACUGUACAAGGACGCUAUCUACGACGACUAUGGGUUCUCAGUGUCAGACGGCUUGUAUGAACGAGGAGUGUAUAUCAACCGAAUUCGGAAGGGCGGACCCGCUGAUAUUGUUGGCUUGUUGAGGCCGUACGAUAGGAUUUUGCAGGUAAAUGGAACAAGGACAGUGGACUAUGACUGCUGCCUGACUGUCCCACUGAUCGCGUCUGCUGGAGACAGACUGGAGAUCGUAGUGCAGAGGCUUGUCACAUCCAGGGAACUGAGAAACCAGCAGCGAGCUGACGACAGCUCAAGCCCGAGUGACAGUAGUAUUGUGACUAAGACAAUAUAGUGCAUAACCCGACUUUAGUGAAUUCACGCCAAAGACUAUGAAACAGUUUAGCUUUAAGUACCUACUUUAUACGGCCGUGUUAUAGUUUAGUACUUAAACUAAUAUAAGGUGUAAAUAAUUAUUUAGAAGUUAGAUUAUUCUAAGAUAUAGAUUAUAUAGCUUAUUGGCCUUUUUUAUUAAAAGUGGAAAUAAUGUUUGAGGAGGCCUAAUGUUUUCAUUUAGUGAAUAAAGUAAUGGUGUGUAUUUUCACUUCGUGUAAUAUUAUUUUUAAUUGAAUUAUCAAUUAGGUAAUAAAUGUGGUGCGUAAUAGUUGGUUUAGAGCAGUUAUUUGUAAUAAAUAUUUAGUUAAUACACACGAAAAAGGUAAACUACAUAUAUUGUGAAAUAAUUAUUAAUUUAAUUACGAUCAUUGAUUACGCAAUUAUUGUAAUACAUCUACUUAAAAAAUCAAAACCAAAUGAUAAUUAAUUACUUCUGACGAUUGAAGUGCUUAAUUCGUUUAAUAAUUUCAAAUAAUCAUUAUUCAAAUAUUCAGAGUGUGCUUGUAUUAUCGUCAUAAAUAAAGAAACUGUACAGAUUCGAUUAAUAAAUUAAAUUAAAAUAAUAAUCGUAGUAAUAAUUAUGAUAAAGGUAAUCGCCAAAGACGAUUAGCAAGCGUAAUUAAUAAUUAUUAAUGUAAUGUAAUAUUAGGCAUUGAUUAAUUAGUAAAUUGUUAAUAGAAUUAAUAAUUAAUUGUUUUAUAAUCCCGUAAUGUGCCUAUGUAUUGUAAUAAUGUAAGGACACAUGUAUAAUGAAUACGAGUUUGAUAUAAAACCAGCUGAGCAAAAAACGUACCUAUGUAAAAUUAUUACGACACAUUUUUGAAAAUCACAAAAAUAUUCAUUCCUGUAUUCAUAUUGAUGUCGUUCAAACAUUAUUUCGUAUUUUUACCAAAGAUGUCUUUCAAAGCAACGCUAUUUCUUGCCAAAGUCUAGUUUAUAUUUAUUUUUUUCUGCAAUUCGAUUUUUUCAAGAAUAUUAUUCAGCAUACGUUCAUUGUGUUCCAAAGAAUUUAGUUUGGUAUUGAAAUCCAGUGAAAUAUUUUGAAUUUAUUUCUGUGUAAAAAAUACCUAUAUUAAAUAAAGCAUUUUGAAUCUUCAAUAAAAAACAGACAACAAAUUAGCAAUUACAGACCAUUUUGUACGAAACAUGUAAAAUAAUUACAAUUACAUUAAAUUCAAAUAAAAUUGUAAAAUAAAAUAAUAUUAUAAUAACUGUGUAGUAUUACUGUUGUUGACAUCAGACUGAUAGCGAUUUUAAAUAGUAAUUUAGAGAAUGUAUAAAUAAACUUAAUAGUAUGUUAACAUUAACUGGUCAGUUUCUAGUGAAUUUAUGAACUAUCCCUACUUACAUAUUCAGCGUGUUUUUGUUAAUUUAAUUGGCAUUAUUUUACAAUUACAUUAACAUUAAAUAAUUUUUACAGGAAUCUUUUUUAUUACUAUUAUUACAAUUAAUUCAAGUUAUUAGUUUGUAUAUAAAAUUAAACAGUUUUUUUUCGGAUUUUCGUUUGAAAAUUAUAAUGCCAAUGAAAUUAAAUUUGUGUAUAGGUAAUGCGUAAGGUUUGUUAAAAGUAAUAAAAAAAAACUUAGAAAACAGAAAGACUUUGUAAUAGGAGUUAUUGAAUUAGGCACGAAGUUUGUUCUAGAUAGAAAAAAUAUACAUAAUAAAAUUGACUCUUCGUACGUUAUGUUAUAAUUUUUAUCCCAAAAUUAUUAUUAUUUUCUGUUUGUAUACUCGUUAUAAAACAAACAGCAUUUCAAAAUAUUUCAUAAAUUUUUAUUUAAUUAAAAAACAAACAUUGUUACUUACCGUUAAUUUUUUGUUUUCUUAAAUCUGAAAACAAAUAUAAAAAAUGUAGUAAAGAUAAAGAUAUAAUUUGUAACCAAAUACUUUUUACUAUACUUUGCUUAGGCUUCAUUGAUGAACAUUCUCCUGUAUCGUAAUUAUGUGUGUAGAUAGUUUGUAAUUUUUUACAUUUUAUUUUUGUACCCUUAAUUGUAAGGAUAAUUUAUAUAUUAUUAUUGUCAAUUAAUGUGUAAUUAAUUGAAAAAAUAGAAGAGAGCCUAGCUACAACACUUAAUAAAAUGAUAUGCGUGAUUGAA